UAGCUUUUGAUCAGGCGAAAUUCACAGCUACCUAAAUGCGGUUUUUUAUUUACACACAGGUUUCCUUAUUAAAGUCUUAACUCGUUUAUUUUCCUGUUGGGAAACACGGUGAUUAUUCAGGAUUAGAAACACGCAUAGUGCGGAUCAUUAUGUUUAAAAUGAUUCCGGAGCUGAACAAUGCGUCAGUGCGUAUGAGAGACCAAGGACGAGUGGAAACCAUCAUCAGCAACAUGCAGAGAGCAGGAGCUUCUACACUUCAGGUGAUCUCUGACUUUGACAUGACACUCACCAGAUUUGCUCAUAAAGGGAAACGCUGCCCUACAACACACAAUAUUCUUCACAACACCACUCUGAUUAGUGAGGAGUGUAAAGCAAAGAUGUCAGAUUUGGUGUCUUACUAUUAUCCCAUUGAGAUCGACAGCUCGAAGUCUGUCGAGGAGAAAAUUCCUCACAUGCAGGAGUGGUGGACGCAAGCUCACACUUUGCUCAUCAAGCAGCGAAUUAGGAAAGACCAGCUGGCUCAAGCUGUUAGAGAUUCAGGUGCCAUGUUGAGAGAAGGCUACAGGUCUUUCUUUGACGUGCUGAAGGAGAACGCUGUCCCACUGCUGAUCUUCUCGGCUGGAGUCGGAGAUAUUUUAGAGGAAGUGAUAAUCGGACAUGGUGUCUUCUCCUCAAACGUGCGUGUCUUCUCCAACUACAUGGACUACGACAAAGACGGUUUUGCGUGUGCAUUUAAGGGCGAGUUGAUCCACACGUUUAAUAAAAGAGAAGGAGCUCUGCAAAACAUACACCAGUUUGUACACGAUCGCACCAAUGUGCUGUUGCUGGGAGACUCCUUGGGAGACCUGGACAUGGCCGACGGCGUGCAAGACCUCGAAAACAUCCUGCGCAUCGGCUACCUCAACGACAAGGUUGAGGAGCGAAGAGAGGCAUAUGUCAGCUCUUAUGACAUUGUGCUGGAGGAAGACGAGACGCUGGACGUCCCAAACGCAAUUCUCUACUACAUCACAGCAGGAGAAGGCAGUCAGAAACAUGAGACACGUGUUGAGACGCCUCACUGUCAGAAACGUAACCUGCCCGAGGACACACCUGUUGAGACGUCUUACUGUCAGAAACAUUACCUCCCCGGGGAGACGUGUGUUGGGAUGCCCCACUGUCAGAAACGUCAGAAAUGCUCCUCAGCUAAAGGGACACCAGCAUCCCAGCCGCUAGCCAAACAAGAAUAAGCUAAAAGUCUACAAAAAAAACUACAGUAGUUUUAAAUUAUUCUCCUUUUUUGUGUCUCAUCUCAUCUGUCAUAUUUUGUUUUUUUCUAAGACAUUUCAUUUUGAAUUUGAUUUUUAUAAAUUGUUUAUAAAAAAUCCAUUACAUAUUCAGUGGCACUGUGUUCACAGAAUUUUAUUCAUUAGGUUUUUCUUCUUUUUUACCUACUAAUUCCUUUGGCAUAAAAUUAUAUUUAAAAUACUGUACAAACACACACCGGACAUUUUACCAUCCAGAAGAAACAUUUGCACCUCUUUUCACAUACACUUUUUACUGUCUUACAACUGAAAUAAGGAAACUUUUUAGUAGGUCAUGUUUCAAUGAAUAUUAAAUGUUAAAAGCUGUAGUGUAUCGUGUUUAUGUCCCUCUGCUGGCCGUCAGGUAAACUGCAGUAACCUUUCGGCUUUUAAACACAGAAAGUCAUUUAUUCAGAUUAUUGUACAAUAAAAAAAUCUAACACUGUAGAGUCAACAAAA